AUGGCUCAAACUGUUACAAUGUUUAAGGUAAGCACAGCUGCUAAGAUCGCUUUAUUUUAUUUCAUAAGCAAUUUCAAACAUGAUUUAUAUAAAUUCUAUAUAUGUUUAUGUAAUACAGUAAUUUACCCGGUGUAGAACGGAUGAAAUCGAUAUCAAUCAAUUAGUAUUAAAGACCUUGUCAAGUCCGUAAUGACUGUAAACAAAUCCUUUGUUUACAUUUUGAACUGCUGUAUUUGUAAAAUAAGACAUACUAACUGAAUAUCUAACACUUCUGGUUCGGCAGGUUUGCUAUUGUAUUGUUCGCUAGAGUACGUUUCAAUUCAAAAAAGUUCGAAAGAUGCAAAAUUUGGGCAAUGCCAAUGUUUAUAUCUGUGUGCUCCCCCUUAUUUUGUUAUGAGGAGAACUGAUGCGCAGAACGGACUUGACAUGGUCUUUAAACUUAUUGAUUGAUUUUGAUUGGUUGAUUGGCUUUCCAAUAAUUGAUAUUCAUCGAUUGCAUUGACCGGGAUCUUUAUUAAACUUUGAAUAUAUCUGGCCCAAUCGACUGUAAGAAACUUGUCAUCAAUGAUCAUUGGUUGGACAAAAUCCGUUUAAGCCCUAUUCAAGCGAGCCCAACAUCAUCGAACAUCGUUGUAGCACUUCUCGGUUGCUCAAGGUGCUUUUUUAGCCUUCAAGGCUACCAGAGGCCGCCGCCGGCUAUAAUUCGGUUGAAUUAGUGAAGUAUAUCUAAAUUAUUUUCUUUCUAUUUUUUUUUGUCUACAAGAAUAAUGUAUUCAUCAUGAAAUAGAGACAUUUUUGUUUUUUUUAUUAUAGGUACUUCUUCUUGGAGAUGGUGCAACUGGCAAGACAACAUUUGUAAAACGACACAGAAUGGGAGAGUCGGAAAAGAAAUGUGUUGGUAGGUUCAGCCCUUGCAAUUGCGUUGUGUGGGCAACGCAUAUUUCGUUUCUCGAUGUGUUGUCAGCAGUCCCUCCUUUCUUUUCCUUUUGCAUGCCCGGAAAUCUAAGCCCGCGGAAAGGAGGGACCACUCGCAGUCUAAGGUCUACCUGAAAUAAUGAGGUUAUUUUUUACUACUUUGUGUGUUAUUGAAAGACAAAGGUGUUCAAUUUAUUUUAGCAACUUUGGGAGUUGAGGUUUAUCCUCUGAAAUUCAAUACCAACAGAGGAAUAAUUCAAUUUAACGUCUGGGACAUUGCUGGGCAGAAGAAACCUGGACAAUUACGUGACGGUUAUUAUAUAUGCACACAAUGUGCUAUAGUUUUAUUUGAUGUUACGUCACGGGUGACAUAUGACAAUGUCCCCAACUGGCACAAAGAUAUCAUCCGUAUAUGCGAGAAUAUCCCCAUUGUCAUAUGCGGUAAUAAAUGUGAUAUCAAAGACAGGAAAGUAAAGGCAAAGAGUAUCACUUUUCACAGAAAGAAAGAUAAUUUACAGGUGUGAAAUUAUUAUACAUGUACAGUUUAUGGUGAGUGUUUUAACUAGUACUAAGUGUUUUAACCAGUGCUCGACAGUCUAUUUCCUAAAUGCAAUACACUCGACUACACUAGGUACCAGGCUUCCAGUCAAUGCGCGAACUAUUGCUGUAUUUACAAUCAUAUUAAUCAUGAGAAAACAUUAUCUCAUUGAAGAAAACAAAUGUACUCUAAAAUAAGUAUAUUAUUGUCUUGCAAAAAACAGAUUUUUUAAGAAAUAUUUUUCUAAAAUCACGAUAUUUUCACUGAUUUUUUGCUAUGUACUAUAACUAUAAGAUCGUACCAAAAAAAUGCCCUUACGUAAAAUGCCUCAGUUUAUAGUUGCCUCAAUCUUUUGUUUUAGUACUAUGACAUUAGCGCAAAAAGUAACUACAACUUCGAGAAACCGUUCUUGUGGCUAGCUCGAAAACUCAUGGGUGACCCUAACGUUGAGUUCACAGAAAUGCCCGCGCUCUUACCGCCUGAGGUGGUGAUGGACCCCAACAUGCAACAGAUGUACGAAGCAGAAUUAAAACAAGCCCAAGAAGCUGCCUUGCCUGAUGACGAAGACGAUGAUUUGCAGAAUGGUUUUUUUUAAAUAUAUCUACAUUUUUAGGCAUGCGAAGCUUUUUAUGAGAAACAGAUGAUAAUUAGUGUUAGUGAAGUAAUACCUAUUUGUAAUAAUACUGUGUAAUAUGUAUUUAUUGUACCUUCAAUGGAACGAAAUUUGCCCAGGCCAAGAAAAAUUACCUUCCCGGCCCUGACCUUACCUAUUUUUGAGCAUUGAAAUCAUCGCGAACCUUAAUCUUUUUAUCUGAAGCUUGCACAGAGUUUGGAGCAAUAGUUCGUAGAAAACUGAAAUUAGACGUCAAAAUAAUGAAAUUUUUUGAAUGGAUACAAAAGGAUACAAAAAAGAAAACCCCACCUACCCUACCUACGUUUUUCCUGGUCCUGGGAAUAUAUUAAUUGUCCUAGGACCAUACAUAAUAAUACCUUAAAUUGCGCUUAUAUAGUCAUCCACAAAACAUGAAAUAUUGCGUUGUACAGGGUGCAGAGUAGAAAAAACUGAUACAUUCGCGGCUAAUUUGAACAAAGGUGUCAGUUUUUUUUUACUCACCCUGUAUGUUGAGCUUUUAACAGUGGCCAAGCCAGCCCGACUAUUUGGUCAUGCUAUGUACUGUUUAAUAAACGAGCAGGAGUGUUUUAUUAGGUUUAAAGACACGAGCGCGCAGCGCGAGUGGCUUUAGACCUAAUAAAACACGACCUGCUCGUUUAUUAAACGGCUUCAAACACGACUACAAAUUCAAUAGAUAUACUGCCUUGUUAGUAUUCUUUAUAUAAAAAAUACUAAUGAGGACACGACUACAAUAGAUACUACCUUAUUGGUAUUCUUUAUAUAAAGAAUACUAAUUAGGAGUGUUUUAUCAGGUUUAAAGCCACUGCACGUGACAUAUUAUGGUUGACAUGAUUUGCCAAUAAGCUUAUGAAUUAUUGAGUGUUUGAAAUGCAAAUAUUUCCCUGUUCAUAGACAAAACGGUCAAUUUCUAAAGAAAUGAAUAAUGAUGAUUUAAUAAAAUUUGCAUAGCAUGACCAAAUUGUCGGGCUGACUUCGCCACUGGCUUUAGAAUUUUAAUUCUUUUUGUAAACUUGUAUGUAUUCUACAGACAGGGUAAACCCAAUUCAAAACUUUGGAUUCUUGUUUUUCUUGACAACCGUACGCACAAACAAAUUUUCCUUGGGUCCAAGAGCUGGCAUGACCAGCUUUGGAAAAAGGCUUCUAUUUGGCAAAGAAAAAAUGUUAAUUUUUUGCCGUAUACACGAGCACAACCUCGCGAGGUUGACACGAGCAAAUCAGUAACACUUGUCAAGGAAAACUUGUUCGGGGCUUUAUAAGGAUUAAAGAGGGUAUAAAGGUUAAACAUACCGAGAUAUUAUUGGCCACAACUAUUUUCCUUGAUCAGCUGUUGUUUAAUUUAUAUGUCACGCAGUGUUAAUUGUUAUAUUGUCACAGGACAAGACACAGCGAGUGCGUUUCACUUUCUGCAUUUCAUUGAAAAUUCAGCAUCUAAUUCAUUGAGAAUUCAGCAUUUAAUUGACCGACACUAAACUGGUGGAGUAUACCUAAAUUUCUGUUGAAAAGAUGAAUUUUUGCCUGUUGGUUUUGUAUUUUCUAAUAGGAAUCGUGUUUGCAAAUAAGUCCAGUUCUAGAUUAUCAAACUUCGAAGAAUAUUUUGAUGCUCACGAGAAACCAAGCCAACCAAGUGCCCCCACGACCAGUACAGCUCACCAAGGAAUGCUCUAUCCUCGCGAGUCUGAAAGCAGGCAAAUCAAAGAUCUAUGUGGUCUAUGGUCAUUCCGAGCCGACAAGUCACAGAAUAGAAAUGCUGGUUUUGAGGAGAAAUGGUAUGAACAAGAUUUAGCUAAGGUUUGUUUGUCUUAAUAUACUCUGCAUGUAUAAACUUCUUAUGUGUAUAAGUUUCAGGCCUGGCUGCCUUCGUCUUAGACCUUAGGCUUAGCUUCGGAAUUUUCUAUCUAGAAAAUAUAAAACAACAUUCAUUAUCUACGCCAACGGAAAAUCUUUACGUUUCAACGGUGAAUGCUUGUCUGUCAAACUUUAAUUUAAAAGUUAGGCCUCUGGAACUGCAUGCUCGCGCUCUGCAGGGGUGCGAGAAUUCGAAAUUUUAGUCGUGCUUGACUGCAUUCUCCAAUGAUUAUUGCGGCGUACUUGAGCUGGUAGAAACUACAAACUUAAGACUCAAGGUGUACUUAGUCUUUAAGAUGAAGUACAUAAAGUACAGGUUUCUCAAAGGUAUUCAUUCAGUGACCUGAAACUAUGAGAUCAAGAAGCACAAUUGCAUAAACAAACACAACACUCUACUUUGACAUUCGUAGUAAUCUCAUCAUCUGUAGUAAUAAAGGCCAUUUUUUGCCACGCUAGUGCUUGGGAAACAAGGAACUGAUGCGCUACCUUUCCGUCGCUUCGGUAGGACUACGAUACGUUUGCCUGUUUUCCACUUCAAUCGUUAAGCCCAGUUUCCAUUUGGUCGUUAGUUGUCGCUGGCACGACAAGCGGUACUAUGAGAUGUGAAAUAGUCUAAUAUAAUAGUAGUCUUUUUGUGUGUUAAUAUAUGCAAAUUAUCAAAAUGAUUGCAGAGUUUUAUAAAGUUUUGUUGACACUCUAUUACAUCAGCCACUUGUCAUGCCAGCGACAACUAACGACCAAAUGGAAACUAGGCUUAACGUACCGUAACAUUCUCUUUUGUGUUGAAGUCAUUAGUUCCACACUACCGCUCAGGAAACAAAGAAAUACGCUUCGUUUCGGUACGAUACGGUUGAAGUGGAAAACUCGCUUAAAACGACCUUUAAUGUCAAGCCGUGUCAGGCUUGCACACACUCCGGGAUCAAACGACCUGGUGAAGACUCGUUACACUUGCAAUUUUCCUGCGAUUUUCUUAUGAUGCAUGUGAUGUGUACCCCUCACCUGAACAUUCAACUCAUCAGAAGAAGAAAAUUGUAGCAAAACUUGCGAUUGUAAAGGGGCCUUUGUAUAAAUUCAACUAUUUUUGAACGUUGGAUAAUCACUGGCAUUUGAUCAUUUCACGUGAUAAUUGACACGCUCUUCCAACGCUCUUUGUUGCACCAACAACGCUGGAAUCGCUUCAUCGACGGAGCUUUAUAAAACUUGAGAACAGUCCUAAAUUCAUCUAUCUGCCAGGUGCAAACGUUCUGGUGUCAGGCAAGUUUUUACUCACGCCGGGUAGACAGCUUAAGAUAAAUAGGAAACUCUCUGAUCCAGGGUAAAAUUCAUCCAAUCCCCUUAACAUUUUAGACCGGUCCAGUUAUACCCAUGGCCGUACCAUCCAGUUUUAAUGACGUCACUCAAGAUGAUACAUUGCGAACGUUCAUUGGUUGGGUUUGGUACGACCGCAUUGUGUAUGUCCCGAAAUCCUGGAAGACUGAGGAUCUGCGGGUGGUACUGAGGUUUGAUAGUGCUCACUAUAAUACCAUCGUGGUAAGCAUGGUACUUAGCAAACUUUAUUUAUACUGGAUAGCUUCAUCAGUUCUAAACUGUUCUUCCUAGAGGUCCAGUAAGGAUCAUCUCUUAUUGAUCCAGUGUUACUACAGGAAGAAACCUAAACUAAACUAACUUUGUUUAUACUGGAUAGCUUCAUCAGUUCUAAACUGUUCUCCCUAGAGGUCCAGUAAGGAUCAUCUUUUAUUGAUCCAGUGUUACUACAGGAAGAAACCUAAACUAAACUAACUUUAUUUAUUCAGGAUAGCUUCAUCAGUUCUAAACUGUUCUCCCUAGAGGUCCAGUAAGGAUCAUCUUUUAUUGAUCCAGUGUUACUACAGGAAGAAACCUAAACUAAACUAACUUUAUUUAUUCAGGAUAGCUUCAUCAGUUCUAAACUGUUCUCCCUAGAGGUCCAGUAAGGAUCAUCUUUUAUUGAUCCAGUGUUACUACAGGAAGAAACCUAAACUAAACUAACUUUAUUUAUUCAGGAUAGCUUCAUCAGUUCUAAACUGUUCUCCUAGGUGUCCAGUAAAUUGAUUCAGUCAACUACGGGAAACCCAAACAAACUGACUUUCUUAGUAGUUUGUAGUUCGCUUAACACAUUAAUGCAUUCACUCUUGUCAAAUGUAAUAUUUAAAAAUGUUUUUAAUGUAUUUUAGUGGGUGAAUGGGCAACAUGCAUGUCGCAUACCGAGUCACCUCCCCUUUGAAGCACAAGUGAAUACAUUGAUUCAGUAUGGUGAUGCAAACAGAAUAACAGUGGCAGUUAAUAAUACUCAAGGCAACAACGUUACCUCCUGGAAAACAGAUCUCACUGGACCUCAGUAUGUUUGAGAAAAAAUGAAGUGUUCAUUUUAGCCAGGAGGGGGGAGGGGCGAAGGAGACCUUUUACACAAGGUAGCUGUAAAUUAAAAUUAAGUGAAAUAUGCAUAGGGCCAAAAAAAAAAUAUGUGGGUUUCCGGUUUCCCGACCCUACCUAGCUUUUGGACGUCCAAAUCCCGACCCUAAACUUUUUUAUUGGAUAAUGCUUGUAAGUGUUUCCACUUAGAGGAAAAAGUUUGUGGAAAAUUGAAAUUUGAGGCAAUAUUAGGGAAAUGUAUCUUUGGAUGUGGAAGCACUGACUAAACAAAAUGGCGUCGCUUAAUAUAAAUUGACAUUUGGAAGCAUUUGGUGCAUUCUACACGCCGUUUUGGGCUGCCUAUGCCGCUUUGUUCGGAAAAUUAAAAAAAAAGUUAAAAAAAGAAAGUUAAACCGACCUACCCUACCUAAGUUUUUAUAAGAAGAAACCGGAAACCCACAUAUUUUUUUUUGGCCUAGGAAUAAGGGAAGCUGGAGCCAUUAAAACAAUCCGCUAGUUCUUGCUAAAACCGCUCGUAGUCGUCAUCAUUAUUACUUACCUUCUGAGGCAUUUUAUUUUAAUGAAUUUUUUGAACAUGAGCAGCCAAUCUUUAUCUGAUAUACAAACUCUCCUCUUCGGAUGCGAAUCUGAUUUUUUAACGUACUUAACUGAAAAACGACACAUCUUAUGAGUUCAUUGGCGAAGUAAUUUAAAAAUAAACAUUGUCUAAGCUGAGAAAAUCAAACCUGAAGUUUAUGUGAAAUUGUAAAUCAGGACAAAUCUUUAUCCGAUUUACAAACAUUGAUUAAACAUUCAUUUCUUUUGUAUUUUCCUCGUGAAUUAUUAAUGAGAUUUUUAAACAUUGAUUAUUAAUGAGUAUUUUAAGAUAAUAUAGAGUGUCCUACUCCUUCCCUCCUCUCUUUCAGAUACCCUCCCGGUUAUUUCAUUCAAACCUACGAAUUUGAUUUCUUCAACUACGCGGGCAUCCAUCGCCUGGUUCGUUUCUACACCACACCCCAAGUCUACAUUUCCGAUAUCUCAGUCGUCACUGACCUCUCGCCUAAUAAUACUGAGGGAAGUCUACAGUUCAAAGCUCUCAUCAUAAGUCCAGAGAGAUAUCGUGCCUCUCUUACGAUGAAGUACGAACUGUAUGAUACAAAUGGCAAGGUUGUAGCCAGUGUGUCGGGGUCUGGAAUGGAGAGCGGUGUUUUGAAAGUGAGUGAUGUUAAACCCUGGUGGCCAAUUGGACUGAGCGAUGCCCCCGGAUAUCUUUAUAACUUGAAAGUACGUAUCUCGUAAGUUCUUUAUUUGGGGACGUUGUGCGGAUAGUUACCCUGCGAGCAGAGCCUUAUUUUCGUUUCUUCGGCGAGGGGGGAAGGAGAAAAUGAGGCUCUGCUCGCAGGGUAGCGGAUAGUGAUUUUUUCAGCCGUUGUAAAACUGCUUGUAUAGAGUGAUAAAAGUACGAUCAUGGAUCCCACAAUUCAUAAAAGGAAACUUUUAAUUUUUAUAUACUGAGGGACCAGUCAUCAUUUAUGGCGGGGGAUGGCGCCGAAGAGAAAAGGGUUGGGUAAACAGAAUUUUGAGUGAGUAAAAGGUUGAGUAAAUGAAAAAUAAAACAACUCAAGUGUUGGGUAAAAAAAUAUCAUUUCCAAGGAAUGACUCACUUGAAGACUAAAAAGCAAUGUCAACAGUCAUAGGUCAAUACAGAUACGUGAAUCAAUCAGAAUCACUAUCUUGAUCACUUUCCGAUUUGUCAGGAGGCAAAUGCUGCCUCCAAAGUACAUGUGCAGACAACAUGAAACUUUAGACUGCAGAAAAUUGCACAAGCAGUUAUCAAACUCGUGUCACAGUCAGAAGUGGUAAAAGACAUGUGUGACAACUGAACGCUAUUCUUUUGUAACGUUUUUGGCUAGGGGUGGGUAUUGCAUAAGAAAAACAUAAUGACUGGUUCCUAAAGUUUAAUCAGCGUUAUACCAAUCAACUGCCAAUUUAAGAAAGCUUGAAAAAUCACUAUCCGAUGGAUAAUGCUAUCAGACCGGAGGCGCUAUUAACUGGAUAGUAAUUUUUUCAACCGUUGUAAGAAAUGCUUUUGAAACGCUAUAAAACUACGACAUCAAACUCACAAAUAAUAAGUUGCAUUUUUCACAACUGUUCCUAGUUAGGUGAACUUAGGUCUAACAGUGUAUAGAAUAUAGUAUAUAUAGAAAAUAUAAAACCAUUUUUGAUUAAUGUAUCUCAUCUUCAAGGUUACCGUAUCAGGCAGUGAUAUUCUGGACGUCUACAAACUACCUGUCGGAUUUCGAACUGUCAAAGUGACGAGCACACAAUUUCUCAUCAAUGGCAAACCUUUUUAUUUCAAAGGUUUUAAUAUGCAUGAAGAUUCUGAAGUAAGUAGUGGAUUGCUCUAGGAGUUCUUCUAUACAGUCCUUUAGGCAAAUGGUUGCACUUCGUGAAGUAUUUGUGAAGUAUUUGGCGGAGGGGGGAGGGAAUUGGGUUUCCAAACCUGUGACCAAUCUCGCAAGCCAGGCUCUCUCAAUUUGCUUAAUUUUUAGCCUACCAAUGAUUUGACGGUUAAAAAAUUAUAUUGUUACAGUUUUGUUACACCGUUAUCCAGUCAUCAUUCAAAAGCUUUCGGAAAUUAUUGGGGGGAGGGGGUAUAAAGUGUUAUGUUUCAUUGAUCAUUUGUUUCCAGAUACGAGGCAAAGGUUUGGACCUGCCUCUCAUACUGAAGAACUUUAAUAUAUUCACAUGGCUGGGAGGAAAUGCAUUCCGUACGAGUCAUUAUCCCUAUGCUGAGGAAAUCAUGGAUAUGGCGGAUCAGUUAGGGAUAGUUGUGAUUGACGAGUGUCCUGGAGUGGGUAUUCGAUCGUAAGGAUGUUUUUUCUUCAUUACUUUAUCUCUGUUAAGGUGGCACAUUGGUUAGUGUAUGCCGGCAUCUUUUAGCAUACCGUACCGAAACGUAUCAAAAAAUUUUCAAAAUUUUGAAAAAUUUAUUGGUUAAUACUUCCGUAGUACACCAAAAAGUUGACUGGCGACGAACGUUUCAUUUUGAUACGCGAAUACACCAAUGAAUACACCCGGAAGUACGCGAAUUUGUCAACCUAUUUUCAAUCUACGCAUGCUCACCAGUACGUUUUGGUACGAUACUAUUGAAACGUUUGCGAUCGAUUUUGGUUUCUGUAACCGAUACAGUUGUUUGGUUAUAAUUCGUCUCGGUUGCUUGUGAGAACUCUACCAAACAUCGCUGGUCUGGUUUCCUCCUGUGGUGAUACUGGAUCAAUUAGAAAUGAGAAUCCAGUAUCUCAAACUCAUUUUAAUAAUUCAUGAGUAAAUUAGCCAACCAUAUUCUUUAUUUUGCUCACAUGAUAAUACUGGAUACCUGGCGAAGUAUAUUGAUCCAGUCCUAGGACUGAAUCAAAAUUAAUUCAGUCCUUGGACUGGAUCAAAAUUAAUUAAGUAGUGAUUUAUUCGCAUGAGAUGUCAUUUCAAAUCCUCCAAUUCGGACUGGACUAGAUUUCACGUCCUCACAUUUUGUUCCAAUCUUCGAUUUCGCCUCGGACUUGAUCAAAUUGCGGGGACUUGGAUUUGAAAUAUUACGUGAAAACUUGGUGGAAAUUUUAUCUUUUCCUUUCAUCCUUUUCUUAUAUUUUUAGACCGAAUUUUGGCCCCGCGUCCUUGUCCCACCACCUGUCUGUGAUGAACGAACUGGUACGACGGGACAAGAACCGUCCCUCAGUGGUCAUGUGGUCUGUAGCGAAUGAACCGAAGUCGGACGCACCACAAGCUGAAGCUUAUUUCAAGUAAAAUACCUCUUUCGGAGAAUAAAUUGCAUGGUUUCUAGAAUCCAACUUAAUUUAAAAAGUUUUCAUUUUCUAGGAGCGUCAUCAACCACACCAGACAUCUUGAUCCAACAAGACCUGUCACGUUUGUGGGCAACAAAUCACCAAGCACUGAUCGCGUUGUAAGUGUCUGGAUUAUGUGGACUGUAAUAUAUGAACAGUGUAACAGAGGUGUAACUUAACACUUGCCUGCUUGCCCAGGGCAAGUGAAUAUCAUGACGGGCAAGUAAACGUUUUAUCUUGCUUGCCCGAUUGGGCAAGUUGCCUUGCCACAAAUAGCUGGGCAUCUUUAAGUUUAUGCUUUCGUUGUCGGAUAAAUUUUUUUAUAGUGCAUGUACUUGAUUCAAAUGUUGUUUUUUGUGGGCCAAAUUAGCUAGAUCUGAGGCAGUAUAACAUAUCCAUCAGUAUAGAAUGAGUCGUAUGAAUAGUGAGAGAAUGAGUCGACAUGUUGUUGUCCCCUUAAUUUAGUACCCCUACCUAGGCCAUUGUCUGAUGGCAAGUGAAUUAUAUUCAGGGCAACUAAUUUUCAUGUCCAACUUGCCCAUCAGGGUUAAGUGAUCAAAAAAGUAAAGUUGCACCACUGUGUAACACGUGAAAAUGGCGCUAUGUAUAAAUUCACAUGUGUCGGAAGAAACUCUUGCAGUCCAAAUCCUAUUUUCCCAAUGAGAAAACGAAAGAUCCUUGUUUCCAUUUUACAGGGUUCGUAUAGCGGUCUUUGAAAUCCUUCAAAGUCUUUAAAUUUGAAUGCAGGUCUUUAAGGUCUUUGAAAAGUCUUUGAAUUGUGUGAAAAAGCGAAGAAAGUCUUUAAAUUCUUUAGUGAGUAUUUGAUUAUACGAUUUUCGCAAAUAUGGAGGAAAAAGUGCAUUUUAGGAUGUGAUUUGACGGGACUAAUUACCUGGUAAAAAUGGUGCUUAUUCAUCGCAAUUUUUCGACAGCUGAUUGCUCUCAAAGGUAUUUGAAAAGUUUUAGACACUAGGCAGAAAAAAUCUUUGAAAGUCUUACUUUUACUACACUGUUUUACCACAUACUGUAACCCUCUUGUGAAAUAUUGUGAUUUUCAUUCCCAGGUACAAUUUGUUGAUGUAAUCUGUCACAACCAUUAUUACGCGUGGUACGAAGAUUCGGGCCAUUUGGAGCUUAUCCAAUUACAACUUGAGUACGACUUGCGUGAAUGGUUCGAGAAGUUCACGAAACCUGUCAUCCAAUCAGAAUACGGGGCAGGAACCAUUGCUGGCUUACACAUGGCAAGUAUCUUUAAACCGAGCCGGUCCUUUCCGGGGGGGGGAGGGGAGGAGAGUCAUGUUAAAGUUUUCCGAAUUUUUAUGGAGGAUUGUAAUAAAAUAACGUAAAUUUGCCGGAUGUUGUCUAUUUUUGACGAAAUCCUUGCCUCAACGAGCAGAAUUGUCGAACUCAGUUUGGUAGACAUUCCAUCGAGAACGGGACUUGUCUCGUGUUAGCCGUUAUAGCUUCGUAUGUUAGGCUAGAUUUCAGCUAAACCCAACGCUAUCGUAUGGACUGAGCUCGGGUGGCUUAUACCAAUUGGAAUCGAACGAACUAUGGAGAGAGUGCCGGCGGCCCCUAGACCAGUUAACUGAUGAACCAACAAGAGGCUAUUAUUUCGUCUAGUUGAAAAUGAGUUUAACUGAGCAUUUUAUUAGUGAUUCUGUGUUAUUCAGAAUAUUUGCCUGAAUUUCUAAUGUUGAUAUCAAUUCUAUAGUAUCCUCCAGUCAUGUUUACUGAAGACUAUCAGGUUUGUUGUCAUUGUAAAUUGUAGUUGCAUCAUUUCAUUGUACAUGCCACCAUAUUAUGGUACCAUCAUUUUUACACGCAUGUUUGGUUUCGCCAAGGUUGGGACGAUUGAACAAUAUUUUCCCGUGUUUGAUAAACUGCGCAAAGAAUUCUUCGUGGGUGAAUUAAUUUGGAAUUUUGCAGAUUUUAUGACGAAGCAAGGUCUGUUAUCGAUUUACGGAUUAUCGCUUUCGACCCACGUAAAAAUCUCACAACUUGCCGGCAAGCUUGUAAACAAGUUGUAACAGUGCUGUUAUUUUAUCAAGUUGUUGACAAAUUGUUGAAGUGCAGGACGAUAACAAGUUGUUGGAAUUAACAACUUGUAACAAGUUGUUGCGCUCAACAACCUUGUAACAAGCAGUGCGAACACAUCCUGUUGACAAGUUGUUGGAACAGCAUUGCUACAAAUCUGCUGCAGGCUUGUUACAACUAGUGCGUUUUUACGUAUGUAGAUAAUAUGUAGACGAGCUAAGCACUUGUUUAUAUGAACCCUACAUGAGGGGCUGGCUCAUAUGAACAGGCUCAUAAGAACAGGCCUUAAAUCGGGCUCGUAUCAACAGGCCCUAAAAGGCUCAUAAUUAUUUUCCUACGUAAUCUCGCUAAACUACUUUUGUUUCUCACAACACAGAUGUGAAAAGAGUGAAGGGGAACAGAAAGGGAAUCUUAACUCGACAAAGACAACCGAAACAUGCUGCUUAUGCUUUACGAAAUCGCUAUCUUAACCUUUCCUUGACCAUACAGCCGACGCACGAGAAGUUCCACAACACUGCACGGUACAGAUAAAUAGAAACAGAAAAAUACUGUAACCUCAUAAAUGACAUUUUGAGGUUAUUAAUUUACUCAUUAAUCGUCAUUAAUUUACUCAUUUAGAGACGGGGGUAACAGGGGAUCAUGAGGGAUAAUUGUACAGUAACAUGGAUCAUGAGGGAUACUUUUGCAGUAACAGGGGAUCAUGAGGGAUAAUUGUGUAAUUAAAUUCCCUGCCUCAUCCCACUUGCCUAGAACACUUGCCCUCCCCCAAUCUGCUAAAUACUCCGUAAAUUCCGUCCUGUUUUCAAGUUGCCUGCCGGAGGAGGCUAUAAACAAAUCAAAGACGUACCGGCAACGUUGAUUAUUAUAGUCAUUAUACCACGCAAGCAUUGAUUAGUCGGCAAAACCUGUGAAUGCAACAGUUAAUUUGAAUAUUUGAUUAUAAAAUAUCGUCAUAUAUGAAAUAUAUAUAGAUGUAAGUGAAUUAUUGGUUGGGAUUUAGUUCUUCUGCAUGAAGCAUUAACAUCACUAAAGGUUUACAUUAGCUUUUCCUGAAGGAUUUUCUAGAUGGAAAAUUUGAGUGUAAAUUUUAUACAUUUAUUUCUCCCCGCUAACCAGGAGCAGUUGUGACAAAUGCAACUCUGAUAGGCUCUCUCGAGGGGCAUUUCACUCCAAAAAUCCCGUACACUUCGUCAAAAAAUCCGGAAAAAAUCCAGAAAAAAUCCAUGAAAUCCUCAAAAUCCGUUGAGUCCAUCAAAAUCCAAAAAAUCCUUUAAAAACCACAGAAAUCCUUCAAAAAUCCACAGAAAUCCUUCAAAAUCCUUAAAAAAUCCGCAAAUCCACAAAAAAUAUAUGAAGUACCUGGUGUAAUUUACUCGUAAAGGUUCUUUGCCACGUUCAAAAUGGCGGAAUACGGUUCCAUUUUUACGCUCGAGUAUUUUAGCCUAUUACUACUAAAUAUGUGUUCUUGUUACAAUGACGUUAUGUUGUAAAAUAUAAUUACAAAACCAUUGUCUAUAUAAAAAGUUUAUAUUCACCAUUGUCUUUUACUGUUUUUGUUCAUUAAACUUGUUUGAAUUUUAAACAAAAUGACUGCAUGCCCAGCCUUCGUUAGUUUCUGAAGGCUGUGGUCCUAGUCCCAGUCCUCUGCUCGACCCUGACGUCCUGGCAUAACGUUGACGUUGUAGACGUCGUACAACUUAAGAUUAUUUGUUCAAAACGUUACCUAGCUCUAUAACUCUAUAAUUAAAAAAAAAUCCAGAAAAAAUCCGAACAAAUCCGGAAAAUCCAAACAAAUCCGGAAAAUCCAACAGAUUUUCAAAAAUCCAGAAAAAAUCCGAACAAAUCCGAACAAAUCCCGAAAAUCCAGCAAAUUUUCUCUUCAAAAAUCCGCUAAAAAAUCCGGGAAAAAUCCGCUAAAUCCGCUUAAAAAUCCGCGGAUUUUUAAAAAUCCGAAAAUCCCGUGCGCUUUUUUGGAGUGAAAUGCCCCUCGGCCGUACGCGUAUAAUAAUAAGAGACGAAAUUUACAUAAUAUUUCAGUCAAUUUACAUAAAUACAUAGACCUUUCCGUGCAUACUAUUAGCUUGAACGGUAUGAUCGAUCAAAAAAAUCCAGCCAACGGGAAUUCAGGAUUUUUUUGAAUUAGCCAAUCGGAUAGCUUGUAUUCGAGCCCCUGAUCGCUUUAGCGAUCAGAACUCCCCACAGAUCGCGCAAAAAUCGAGAUAGAGAAUCAGAUGGCUGGAAUCUGACUCAGAGCGUGCAAAACUCAUGCGUAAGACCGCUUUUCUGCGCGUUCAUGUUCGAAGGCGUUGCUACUGCAUGGAUGAUAUCUUAGAACUGGACUGUUAAACUUUCGAUAAAUACACUGCGCGAAAUUUGAUAACUGGACUGCUAUUUUAAUUUAACAAUUUUCUCGCCAAUUUUUACCUUAGUCGCGUGAUCGCUCUGAUCACCCCUAGAUCCGCCCCUGUAUCACCAGUGUUAGAAUUAUCAAUUGCAUGGCUUUCUGGAUGCUAGCAAUAAAGCAUAUUCAGCUGCUGUCUAUAUUUUAUGUCGAACGCAAACUGGAAUAUAUGCACGAUUGAUAGCGAGUCAAUCUAGAGUUGCGCUGCACUUAAAAGGUGACCUAUACCUAGGUUAGAAUUAAUGUCCGCCACUUUGUUAGCUAGACUGACGCACACGAUUAAGAGCGCUUUAGAAUCGCAAUUAGACAUAAGCAGAAUGACAAAUUGGCUUGAUAGUAAAACUGGAUUAUGUUGGAUGCAGAAACGAGGAGAGUGCAAACAAUUCGAACGACAGACAGUAAAUGAAAUUUUACAAUUAGGUAAGAGGCAUCGUCAUGCAUAGUAUGUUCUAGCUUCUAUCUUUCUUGACCUCAACACUUGAGUGUGUCCUAAAAAGACGGCAUUUACCAGAUUUUAGGUAACCUUGUAAUAUAACUAGAGGUAGUCUCUGCAGUGAAAAUGUCAAUUUUGCAUGAAGGCUUCGAAAGUAGACAAGUUGAACACAGCUCUAGUCAUUUGAAGUCUCCUAGUCCUUGCUAGAGGUCUUAAAUAAAUGUCUUUCUAGGCUUUAGCAUAUUCCUAGACUUUAUUUGAUCUUAUAUUUUAGAUUAAUUUAAUUAACUAUUGAAUAUAUGGACGAAAUGAUAAAGUAUAACAAAUAUUUGAAAGAAACACAAGUACUAUAAACGCAAACAUUCUUCAAAAACUGACUAAACUGAAGUUGUCUGUCAUUGACAUUACGUGUAUUGUCAGUUUCAAACUAUCGUUUCUUGGUAUUAAAAUCAUUUUUGUGGAACUCAUUUCCAUAUUUUGAAACAAGACAAUCUUGUGAACAUAAUGUGACCAAUUGUAAGCCAGUAUUAAUAUGAGGUGAUGACCACCCAUCGCGGUACAUUAAAUAUUCUAUCUUGUAUAAACAAAUACCAGUUUGCAAAAGACACUUGAAAUACUUGCACGGAAGUGACUUUGGCCUAUUGCUCUAAAGACAUAAUUUUGUGAACGAUUUAAAGCAAAUUGUAAUAUAGAGUUUAUCCACAUCGAUCAAAAUAACAUUUGCUGAGUUUAUAUACAUUAUUAAGCUUGAUUUUUCCUCGUAUAAAAGAUAAUUUUCUGGGAACUAAUUCCCAUAUUUUGAAACACGAAACUCUUGUCAACAUAAUGUAAUCAAUUGCAAGCCAGUAUUAAUAUCAGGUGAUCACCUUUGGUCACAAGAUAUCAAAUAUUAACAGCAAAUUCCUGUCUGGUAUAAAAGACGCUUUAAACACUUUAUGCGGAAGUGAUAUUUAUCUGCUGCUCGAAACCGAUCAUUUUGUUAAAGAUUUCAAGCAAAUACUAACACAGACUUUCUCGAAGAACGAACACUGUAUCUAUAUUCAGUCUAUAUAGCGAGGUUUAUACUACAGAGCGACUAACUGAUAAACAUCAACACAGAACUUGCUUUGUUAUUACGAAACAAGAAUGGCGUGAAAUAUGGCGUCGUACAUACAAGGUUAUGAUGAGGAGAGAUUUGCGACCACAGUCAAUCGAAAUUUCCUCUGUUUGAUUUGCUUCAACGUUUUAAGAGAGCCCGUCCUGUGUCCGAGAAACCAACAUUGUUUCUGCCGUUCUUGUAUUACGAAACACCUCGAGAAUUCUCGAAGAUGCCCUACGUGUGCGGACGAACUGACCGUAGAGACUUUGGCCGAACCCAACAGAAUGGUAAAAGAUAUGUUAAAUGAAUUAAACAUUCAUUGCAUUUACAUCGACAGAGGUUGUCAAGAGAUUCUACAAUUACAACAUCUUGACAACCAUGAGGUUACAUGUGGAUUUACACCAGCCGUUUGUACAAACCAAGGCUGUGGUGCAACUUUAAACCAGCGUGAUCUUAUUCACCAUCAAAGUGAACUAUGUGAAUUUCGGAAGUUGAAGUGCCACUCGUGCGAAGAAACGACAAAAACGUUGGCAGAUAUGGAGAAAAGAAUCGCGAAUGUCGAAAAGAAUAUGACGACUUUGCAGAAAAAUAUGGCGAGAAAUGAAACCAUGGCAGAUAUCAAAACAGAUAUGGAAGGAAAACUCGAAGCAGUAAAUAAUGAAGUGAGAGGAUUGAAAACGGCUUUGCUUGAAGGUUUUGAUGAAAUGAAGGAUGUUCUUGUCAAGAUGGAGGACAAGAAAGAAGAAAACACAACAAAAGCAAGAAAUACAGCAAGUGGUGAUAAGGAAAAUAUAAUUGUUGCUGGAGGUGAAGGAACUGACUCUGUAGAGAUGUUUAACUGGCGUCAAAGAACAUGGUCGCCAUUACAAUCCUUGCCAAAGAAGCGUUGGGGAGCGACUUCAUUUGUGUUCAACAAUCAUGUGACAAUUGCUGGAGGUUUCUGUUCUGGCUAUGUCCAUGAUAUGAUUAGAAUGAAUAUCAACCCAAACCCUGAUCUCUCAAUGCACUGGAGUGAGUGUCCUGUUAAACUACCUGCUAAGUUGGCAUACCACAGCAGUGUGCUGUAUAAUGAUCACUUGAUAGUCACAGGUGGUGAUAAUGGAAAUGCAGUAUCUGACUGUAUUCAUGAAGUCCAGCUGGUUCCUCCGUAUACUGUGAAGAUCUUAUCAAGAAUGCCAGAACCAAGACAGUAUCACGGCACGCAAUUAUUUUAUGAUAACUUGCUGAUCGUUGGUGGAAGAACAACUGUCAGUUCCCAAGACAAUCUCAGCAGUGUCGUACUGUAUGAUAUAAAGAAGAAUGAAUGUAAACAGUUGGCACCACUGCCGUAUGAAGUGAGUAUGAUGGCAACUGUGAGAUGGGGAGACAACAUCGUUGUUAUAGGCGGCGCUGACAAACGUAUCAAAGCGUUAGAUACAGUUAUCAUUUACAAUGUCAAGACUGAAGAAAGUCACUUGCUGCCGUCAAUGAGAUGUAAGAGAAUGGGUUGUACUGCAGUUGUUAUUGGAAACAACAUUGUUGUACUGGGAGGGUCGAGUGGGCGUGGUGCACUGAAGUCAGUUGAAGCUUUCAACUUUGAAAGUUAUACUUGGGAAGAACUUCCGGAAAUGUCUCAAGCAAGAUCGUGGCACACUGCUGUUGUUGUGUGAACAAUGUAAGAAUUUGAACUCAUUUCCUUGAGACAGCAAGAUGUUUUCAAUGAUGUUGCAUUUAUAAUGAACGAUUAAAAGUAGAAUAGACCUUAUGCAAAAAGGCGUCACAAGACUUGAUGCUGGUCUUAGUAGUCAUCGCCUGGGAAAAUUUCGAUAGUGGCAAUUUUGAAUUGUUUAAUUUUCCCGGGGAUGACUUCUAAGACCAGCGUUGCUCGUGGGCAUCAAGCCUUGUGACGUCAUUAUGCAUAAGGUCUGCUGUAUUAGGUACCCGAAGUAGUUUGAGAUACAAUACAUGUAACUGAAAUCAUUCGUUGUUUUAGCGUAUAAAUAUUGAAUUCAUGUAGUGAGAUAACAAGUUGACUUUAAUCAUAUUGCAUUUAUAAUGAACGAUUAAAAGUAGAAUUAGGAACCAGAUGUAGUUUGAGAUACAAUAGAUUGUUAAAUAUAACCAUAUUGAUUAUUUUGUGUAAUUGAAAAUCGUUCGCUGUUUCAGUGUAGAAAUAUUGAAUUCAUGUAGUGAGAUAACAAGUCGACUUUAAAUGUAGGAAUAAAUAUUUCAAUAUACGAGCAGAACUGUAAUUUCUUGAAAUAGAAAUUGUCCUCUUACAUUGCGAUAAUAUAAGCAAACGCCUGUCAAAAAUGACUUUAAAAUGUUAAAAAUCCCUUAUGUAAUUAUAAAAAAAUCAGAAGCAAAAUACAAUGUGAAGUUUCAGCGAUAACUUUCUUGAUAUAAAUAAAUGAUUACAAAGCCCAUGCAGUCGAAUUGUAAUCAAGACCCAACGUUUCGUUUCUUGAUAUAUUCCUCAAAUCAUUUUCGCCAUAAAGCCGGUUACAGACCAGUAAGUUCUCUAUUACAAGUUUUGAAAUGGUAAGUUUUAUUCGUCAAUUGCCGUGUGUAUAUAGCAAAUUUUCUAUGAAGCGUUUUCGAUUUUCUGACCGCCACAAUAACAGUAUACGUAUCCAACAACAUUAAAGUGCUCAAGUUGCUUUCUCAAAUUUUCUUUGUCGACCCUUUCAGACGAGGAAAAUUUGUACUUUGCCAUGUUUCUCUAUAUGAAAAGUGCCCUUGUACAAAAACUACUAUGCUAGGUUUUAAACAAGUAUGCUUGUUAUAGAAAAAUUCGCUUGUCUGUUGCCGGCUUACUAGUACAAAUACUACGUCUACGAUUUUUAUCUGGCUGGCUGAAUAUAUUAUUGCUGGCAUUCUAUAGCAUUUUAUUCCAAGAAAAUAAAAAUGCAAUUGAAUAUGAAAUUGUACAGGAUUGAAAAUUUGAAAUUUUCACUUUCAACUUCGUAUUACAAGACAUUAAUAUAGCAACGUGGAACAAUGGUUUACAACACAAAGCCACAUGGGUUACUGGCAGGCCAGUAAGAUCAAUAGAUAUCUGGCGCGAGAACUCGAGUCCAAAAAAUGGAGUUAUUGUUCCUCAUUUCAGUCCUUCAGUGUUUCUGCAAAGAGUAUGCCGAAAUUUCGCUUUCUGACUUCGAUUUAAUGAUUAAUACUAUAUGGUUUUAUAAACUUGUAACUUGAUUAGCAAUUUAAUCCAUUAGAAAAACUAAAAUUAACUGCGACUGUUCACAAUCUUCACAGCUAUUGGGACGUCAAUCUAUACUUGUACAACACCGAUUUUUUAGAGUGUGUUAUUUUCCGCUGGCUGAGGCACGAAAGAAGCGGAAAAUGUUUUCUCACACACUGCUGGGGGCCUGAUGAAAUCAGGGUGUUACAGGGUGGUGCAGGUUAUAUGAGCAUAUUUUUGUUGUUGCUCACCGUAGCUUGACAGUAUCCCGCCCACCCAGCCCUUUUAUGUUUAUUAGUACAGAACGGCGUUGGAUUGGAUAUAUAUGUACCUGUUAGGGUAAUUAUUAAGCGAGCAUUUGUAAUGUAUGGUAGUUUAAAUUAAUAAAUGUCAAGCUUGCGGCUGACGCUGCAGCAGCUCCCAGCGGUGUGUGAGAAGUCAUAUUUCCAUAGUCGCAGCGAAUUAACGCUCCAUGGAACGUCUUGUUUAAAACAGGCUAGAAGUCUUGGUAUGGUAAUACAAUUCUAUAUUGCAAUUUAUUUCUUGUGAAAAUGCUAUAUGAUACGGACAUUACAUAAAAUGUUACGGACAUUACAUAGUGUGCGUGGUAGCUGUUUACUCCGUCAAGAAUCUCUUCAUAUUCCAUGAAAUAUAUAUUUUGCUAGUGUUCCAGAGACUGGGACUAAUACGUGUUGAUAUAUCACUGACAGGAUAGAAAACCAAACUAUGGCUUAUUAAUGAGCUGCACAGAAAGUUUAAUGUCUGGAUUCAGGGUUUAAACACAAAUUUUAUUCUAUGUCGAAAGAAUGGUAGAACCUCAAGAGAGAGGGUGUGGCCCAAAUGUAACCAUGCAAUAGAGACAAAUUUUGUUCAUUUCAACUCAUAAUCUAUCAUGAAUGACAUAAGUUGUUACAUAUUUAUUGGUUUCAAAAUUUGUGAUUUUAAUUCUUACUUGCCAUAUGGAAUAGCCAUGUUUCAUUCUAGAAUAUGUGUUUUUGUGUUUCGUAUAUACAUUUCACUUCAUUAAUAUUGGAACAACGUUGUUUUGUCUUAACUAUAUGUUCCUGCAUUCAAUACAAGCAGCGUAGUAAUAUAUAAAUAUAAAACAAAUGAUGAGAGUUUAAGAGAUAUACUUGCUACAAGUGGACUCUCACCGUAACGCAUUGUAACUUGUCUCGUAUUGUAACGCAUUGUAACUUGUCUCGUAUUGUAACGCAUUGUAACUUGUCUCGUAUUGUAACACAUUGUAACUUGUCUCGUAUUGUAACGCAUUGUAACUUGUCUCGUAUUGUAACACAUUGUAACUUGUCUCGUAUUGUAACGCAUUGUAACUUGUCUCGUAUUGUAACACAUUGUAACUUGUCUCGUAUUGUAACGCAUUGUAACUUGUCUCGUAUUGUAACGCAUUGUAACUUGUCUCGUAUUGUAACGCAUUGUAACUUGUCUCGUAUUGUAACGCAUUGUAACUUGUCUCGUAUUGUAACGCAUUGUAACUUGUCUCGUAUUGUAAGGCAUUGUAACUUGUCUCGUAUUGUAACGCAUUGUAACUUGUCUCGUAUUGUAACGCAUUGUAACUUGUCUCGUAUUGUAACGCAUUGUAACUUGUCUCGUUUUGUAAGGCGUAAAACGAGUGAGAACUCGUGGGCGAAUGAAAACAUCCCAACUUGAUACGACUUGUAGCAAGUCUAUUUUGAGAGCGACGUGAUAAGAUCAAAUUUGAUUUGAAGAGCAUAAUUAGCGCAGCAGGAAGCCUUACUAAACGGAAUGUACUUAGUGCAUUAUCACGAAUUUUUCACCACUAUAGGCAUCGUAUCGCAUGGCUUUGUGGAUGCUAGCAAUAAAGCAUAUUCAGCUGCUGUCUAUAUAUUUUAUGUCGGACGCAAAAUGGAAUAUAUGCACGACUGAUAGCGAGUCAAUCUAGAGUUGAAGGUGAACUAUACCUAGGUCAGGAAUUAAUGUCCGCCACUUUGUUAGCUAGACUGACAGUCUGACGCGCACGAUUAAGAGCGCUUUAAAAUUGCAAUUAGACAAAAGCAGAAUAAGUCUGAAUAACAUAUUGGCUUGAUAGUAAAACUGUAUUAUGUUGAAUGCAGAAACGAGGAGAGCGUAAACAAUUCGUAAUUUCGUACGACAUGCAGUAAAUGAAAUUUUACAAUGGAGUAAGAGGCAUCGACAUACACAGUAUGUUCUAUCUUCUAUCUUUCUUGACCUCGACACUUGAGUUUGUGCUAAAAAGGCAGCAUUUACCACAUUUUAGGUAACCUUGUAAUAUAAACUAGAGGUAGCCUCUGCAGUGAAAAUUACAAUUUUGCAUGAAGGCUUCGAAAGUAGACAAGUUGAACACAGCUCUAGUCAUUUGAAGUCUCCUAGUCCUUGCUAGAGGUCUUAAUUGAAUGUCUUUCUAGGCUUUAGCAUAUUCCUAGCCUUUAUUGAUCUUAUAUUUUAGAUUAAUGUAAUUAACUAUUGAGUAUAUGGACGAAAUGACAAAGUAUAACAAAUAUAUGAAAUAAACACAAGUACUGUAAACGCAAAGAUUCUUCAAAAACUGACUAAACUGAAAUUGUCUGUCAUUGACAUUAUGUGUAUUAUUUCAUUAAUUUCAAACUAUCGUUUCUUCGUAUUAAAAUCAUUUUCGUGGAACUCAUUUCCAUAUUUUUAAACAAGACAUACUUGUCAACAUAAUGUGACCAAUUGUAAGCCAGUAUUAAUAUGAGGUGAUGACCACCCAUCGCGGUACAUUAAAUAUUCGAUCUUGUAUAAACAAAUACCAGUAGAGGCGAUAUUGGUCUGUUGCUCUAAAGGCAUAAUUUUGUGAAUGAUUUGAAGCAAAUUGUAAGAUAGUGUUUGUCCACAUCGAUCAUAAUAACAUUUGCUCAGUCUAUAUACAUUAUUAAGAUCGAUUUUUCUUGGUAUAAAAGAUCAUUUUCUGGGAACUAAUUUCCAUAUUUUGAAACACGAAAUUCUUGGCAACAUAAUGUAACCAAUUGCAAGCCAGUAUUAAUAUCAGGUGAUCACCUUUGGUACAUGAUAUCAAAUAUUAACAGCAAAUUCCUGUCUAGUAUAAAAGACGCUUUAAACACUUUAUGCGGAAGUGAUAUUUAUCUGCUGCUCGAAACCGAUCAUUUUGUUAAAGAUUUCAAGCAAAUACUAACACAGACUUUGUCGAAGAACGAACACUGUAUCUAUAUUUAGUCUAUAUAGCGAGGUUUAUACUACAGAGCGACUAACAUCAACAUUGUUAUGAACGGAGUAAUUAUUAACAUUUUAAUAUAUCGUUUACAUUAGCAGACAGAGACAUCAUGCUAUAAUUAGCUAUAAAUAGGUUGUAUUAACUGUCAAUCAUGUACGUAAUUGCUUUGUUAUUGUAAUUUUGUAUUGUCUUCGAGUAAAAUAUAUUGUUUUGAUUGUUGUUUUAAGGAGUUCAUAGCGAUUUACGAGCGAAUUACGAGCGAUUUAUAAGCGAUUUACGAUAUUUAUUACAUGGCGCCCAACGUGGGGCAACUUGAAAACAUAACAAGUUGAAUCCAAGCGAAAUUAUGACCGAAUCGAAAGAGAAUUUAGACCGAUUAAGAGCGAAGCGAGGCGGACAUCGUGGUGUCUGUACUAAAUUAGCGAAAGAAGCGGACGAACUGCUACAUUUACCCGGCGAUGUUGAUGUCGAUCGAUGCGAAAUUAUCCGAUCUUUACUCGAAGAGAAAUUAAAAAUUCUAAGCGAAAUUGACGAAGAGAUUUUAGGAUUAUGCGAUGUAAAAGAUAUCGAACAAGAAAUCGAAGAAUCGGCAGAAGUUGUCUUCAGAAUAUUAACCGCUAAAAGGGAACUCGAAAACGCUUUAAAGCCUGGAAUUUCGAAAGUGAUCAACGAAAAGAAUAACGUCCAACCGAGUCAGUUAUCACCGAAUCAAGAACUAGACUAUGGGAAUGAUAAUUCAACGAAUAGUACGAUUAUUGACAGUGGCGAACAAUCAAAUAAUGCGAGUCAAAGCGAAGUAAACACGAACACGUCUCAGCCGACAGCGACAACAAGUACAACAACGAAUGUUAAACCGAAAUUACCGAAGCUGACCUUGCCGAAAUUUAAAGGUGACGUAACAAAAUGGAAUACGUUUUGGGACUCUUACGAAUCUACGAUACAUAAAAACGAUGCUAUUUCCAAGGUCGAUAAGUUUAAUUAUUUGAGUUCUUUACUCGAGGGAACUGCACUACGCGCUAUUCAAGGGCUUAAUCUUACGAACGCGAAUUAUGACGCCGCUGUAGAAAUUCUCCAGGACCGUUUUGGAAGGCCACAACAAGUUAUUGCGGCCCAUAUGGAUGAAAUACUUAAAGUAGAAGCUUGCACAGGAGAGAAACUAUCUUCCUUAAGAUACGUCUAUGACAAAAUUAGCGUGCAUGUACGUGGUCUAGCUUCAUUGGGCGUUUCCUCGGAACAAUAUGGAAGCCUAUUGAUACCGAUUAUAAUGUCAAAGUUGCCAAGCGAUAUUCGCCUGCAGAUCGCACGAAAGGCCACCAAGGAAGCUUGGAAAAUCGAUGAAUUACUUACUACGAUAAAACUUGAAAUCGAAGCAAGAGAAAUGAGCGAAAGCACUAAGUCGAGUGGGAAUAAUCAACAAGGCUCUAAAUAUCAAGAUUACAACUCUAAGAACAACGGGAACAAGCCUACUGCUGCUGCUAUGUUUGUGAACAAUGGCCAGCUGCCCGACAAUUCCAAAAUCCAAUGCGUUUACUGUAGUGGUCGCCAUUAUUCAGCAUCAUGCAAACAGAUUGUUCCUUGUGAAGCUCGAAAGAAAGUUCUUAGUGAAUCAGGACGUUGUUUUAAUUGUUUAUGGAAAGGACACAACGCGAAAGACUGUAACAAUGCAAGAAAGUGCCGCCACUGCCAGGGCAGGCACCACCAAUCGAUAUGUUCACGAAAUCAGAAAGUCGAAAGCGCGAAGUCAACCGAACAGCCGAAAAAUGAGGAAUCUACAACAACAGCCACAAAAAUCUGUAAGGGUACUGUUUUACUUCAAACAGCUAGAGCAAAGGCAACGAACGGUGUAAGAUCAGUUCCCGUACGCGUAUUAUUUGACACAGGGAGCCAGCGCUCUUAUAUUACGAAUUCAACUCAAGCGAAAUUAAAGUUGGAACCUCUUAGAAAGGAAACACUGUAUUUGAACACAUUUGGGGACAAUAAAUGCAAGCGCCAAAACUGCGAAAUCUACAAAUUCAAUAUCGAGAACCAAAACGGAAGUGAAGAGGUAGAAGUUACAGCAAUUAAUUUCCCUAUAAUAUGUUCUCCACUGAACUCGAAAGUCAACAUGAAUUACGUGCAUCUGGAAGGGCUGGAACUUGCAGACUUUGGCGGCGACGAUAAUGAAAGUAACAGCAUCGAUAUCCUAAUUGGCGCAGACCAUUAUUGGGACAUUGUCACAGGUGAUGUUGUCAAAGGUGAAAGUGGUCCCAGCGGUCAGCAGCAAGCUUGGAUGGUUGUUAUCCGGUCGAGUACCAAAAUCUGCUGAACACGAAGAUCCAACUGUUUCAAAUCUCACCCUAACUGGUGAAUCAUUGGACACAUCAAGAUACUUCACCGCGCCAACGAACGAGGACAAGAUUGUCAAUUCACUAAAGCGUUUUUGGGAAACAGAGUCCAUAGGAAUAGACAAUUACCAAGCUGAACCAAACGAUGAUGUCAACUUCAUUCGUGAUAUUCGAUUUACAGGAGAACGGUACGAAGUUCGCCUACCUAGGAAAGAGGACAAUCCUGAGGUCGCAGUCGACUACGAACUUUGUUACAAUCGGUUACGGUCGUUGCAUCAGAAGUUAACAAGACAACCUGAGCCUCUUCGAGAAUAUGACAAAGGAAUUCAGGAACAAUUAAUAUCGGGAGUAAUCGAGCGAGUGCCUUAUCAAAGCGACGACAACAAAGAGAACGAAAACAACGUGCAUUAUCUUCCACAUCACGGUGUAGUAAGGAAAGACAAAUCGACUACAAAGUUGCGAGUGGUCUAUAAUGGAUCAGCUACCAUUGGACCAGGUGGAGUGGACCAGAGUAUCUUUACAAGCCUCAGUGCGAGUGGCCGAAGGAUCCAGCAGCGAGCGCCCUGGAUGACACAGCCUUGAACGAAACCGUUAAGAAACCACAGACUGUUAUUCAUUCACUCGUCAGUACGAAAGAAGAAGAAUCAGCUGAAUUGAAUCUGAACGACAUCAUAAAUUGUGACCGUUUCAGCAGCUUCGCUAAGCUGUUGCGUGUAACAGCGUACGUGUUAAGGUUUGUCAACGAACUUGAAGUUAAACGAACUGCUAGGAACACGGAGAAUAUGCAAGGAGAAUGUGUAGUGGGUGAAUUGCGAAGACUGGAACAGAUGAAAGAGUUUCAAAGGAAGACAUAAACAUUAUCCGUUAAUUAAUUAUUUGAGAAACCGAUUAUGCGAACAGUUAGACAGACUGUAGUUCGUGAAACUUUCAUAUUUCUAGUUACGAUUAUUCUGGGGAGUAUUGUUGAGCACUGUGUACGGCUCAACCCUGGGGAGUGUUAUGAACAGAGAAAUUAACAUUCUAAUAUAUCGUUACAUUAUCAGACAGAGACAUUAUGCUAUAAUUAGCUAUAAAUAGGUUCACUGUAUUAACUGUCAAUCAUGUACGUAAUUGCUUUGUUAUUGUAAUUUUGUAUUGUCUUCGAGUAAAAUAUAUUGUUUUGAUUGUUGUUUUACGAAGGAGUUCAUAGCGAUUUACGAGCGAAUUACGAGCGAUUUAUAAGCGAUUUACGAGCGAAUUAUAAGCGAUUUACGAUAUUUAUUACAGAUAGAGUCUCUGGACGUAAUGUUGCUACAUUGCUUAGGCCCGGUUUAAACGGCGAACUUUUCAUGCGCCGAAUCUAAUUGUCGUAGAUACGGCAAAAUAUCGGAAGCUGAUUUAGACGUCGAACUUAAUUGUACCGUACCAAAUUGCGAGGACACUAUAUUGGACAUAUUUACAAUGCAAAUAUAUGAUAAUCAUGUUAUGAUGUUAAAAAAUAAUUAUGCAUUAGGUUCGGCGCAUGAAAAGCACGGCGUCUAAAUCAAUGUCGAACCUGUGUCGCAUAUACGACUUGUCUUGUCGCAUCUUCGAGUCAUGUCGAACUUAAUCAAAACCUGUCGAACUUAACUGAUUUCUGAGACGCCGCUCCAGCGUCGCACUUAAUUCUUGCAUUAGAUUCGGCGCAUGAGAAGUUCGCCGUCUAAACCGGGCCUAACUCGUUAUCGUGACUGUCUUUUUAAUUAAAAUGUAAGUCAGGGAAACGUGACAAAAAUGUAUGGCAAGUUCAUGGCAAAAGUUAUAAGGUUGUUUUCAUAUUAACUGCGCGCAUUGCAUUUUGGGUAUUUGCGCAUUGCAUUUUGGGUCUAUCAUAGACCCAUAUAUCGGUCACUGGGCCUGGGCCCCACCAGACGUUGCUCGGAUUUGACUCGGUUAACCGACAAACUUGAAAACAUGGCCAUGGACUUUGUGACGUACCUUGAAGUUCUUUACCCGCAAAACAUUCGACAACAUGUUAUGGUUCUUAAUUAUAAUACUUGACAACUUUAUUUUGAUUAUUAAUACCGAAAGUGACCGGUCAAAAUGACCGGCAAGGUAAGAAUUUGACCGGACAACUCCGCAUUCUGGCCGGACAUUGUCCGUUGACCGGCCGUUAUUUCGCGCCUGCCCAUCACACAUAGCAAUUCAAGGGCUAUAAACUCAAAGAAACAAUUUGGACCCUUUAAGUUUUUAACCGUGCUUAAUAUAUGCGUCUCUCCCUACAUGUGCCUUUAUGAAUUAUGGCCCGUUUUGAAGACCACCCCGCAGGCCGCUCCAUUUUAAUAAUGUUCUAGAACAUUUGGAACACUGUUCUGGAACGAUAUAAACUGAGGAGUGCACACUAUAUUCACUAGUUAUUCGCAUAAUAAAUCGUAUAAUGAUUUGCUGUUAUUUGUUACGCCAAACCCUGUCCCUGGCGUUCAAAUAGCAUAUAUUAAUAACUAUACAGGGGUUUCAGAAUAAGCCGGGAGUUCCGCGGGCUACUUGAACUUUUACCGCCGGCUACUUUUCGUCUGGCCACAGGAAAAAUUUUAUAUACAAAGGUACAAGCGAACCAACACGAUGUUUGUCAUGUUCCAAUUGGAAUUCAAGUUGACCUCGAAUUUCCCUGAAAUCAAUCGACGGCACUGGCGUUAAAAAUUGCCGUAGAAUGUAACAGCUGUCUACGCAAUUUUGUCAGUUUCCACGGCAUUUUUUCAAAUUACUGUAAUAAAAAUUUAAUUUUAUUGUUACUUUAUUUCUUUAGUGUUUUUUUUUCGAAGAAAACUGAGACUAAAAUAGUAAUUUAUGGAUGAUUUGAUCAACAUCUGAAUUCAAGUAUCAAAAUAGUAAUGCACAGUGAACAGUUUAAAAAUUAUACUAUACGGCAAAAAAUUGCCGUCGUUGCCGCAAUGAUCCACGGCAUUUUGUUCUCCGGCCUCUACGGCAAUUGCCGCGAUAAAAUUCAAUCAAUAAAAUUCAUGCCCCUACUCGAAAAUCGGGGUAGUCAAAACAGUAAACAGUUCAGAACAGUCAUGUGACUGUCUUCUGUUCCAUUCCAUUAGUGUUCCGCAAUUCCGGAGUACUCCGAACAGUAAAUGGAGCAGCUUGCUGAAGCCCAGAAAAUGACCCAGACACACUGAAUGCAAGGCAGGAUUAUUCAGUUGUCAGAACAGCCCUCCCGCCGAGGGUGAAUAUGUACAUCAUAUAUACUGCUUGCAAGAAGAGCUUCAUAUAGCACUCUACAGAGAAGCAUUAUGCAAGCAAAAAAAAACACAUUCUGGUCGUACUAAAAUCAAUAUUGAUGCACCAAAAAAUGCACCAGGUAGCUCGAUCAUUACUUACUUUCCAGUAACAAAGAAAUUAAACAUAUCAUCACCUUCUUUUAAUUGCCAAGAUGCAUAUGGUCUAUUAAAUAAAACAAUGUACAGCAUUGCGCUUUAAGUUUGUAAGAAACUACCUAUUUGUAUGGUAUAUCUACCUGAUGUAUAUAUUUUACACAAAAUACUGGGGCCAUAUGGUAGAAUACGGAAUGAAUGGGUAUAAUUUAAGAGUAAAAAUACACAAAAUAUAUACCCCUGUAAACUAUACAUUGUAUAUUAAAUAACGUUUUAUUAUAAUUAUUAUUAUUAUAUAUUAUUAUAGUUUAUAUACCUCAUGUAAGGAUCCAUGCUCAAACAUUCAACUUCAACCAAAACCUCUACAGUAUGAAAAUAUUCAAUGAGAUGACGAUGCUUUAAUUAUAUUACUCAGAUUGUGUCUACACCAGGCAAUGCAUGAGGCAAGCUGAAAAUUUUGCAUGUUGGGAAACCGGCACAACAUUUGGUUUACCUUUGCCAGUCCCAUGCUCAAAUAUAUAUAUAUGCGCGCCAGAUUAGUGUGUGCAUGCAUGUGUGCUGACUGCCAAAGUGUGUGCAUGUGUGCUGACUGCAUGCAGCUGCUUUAAACUGAUUGAUUUCUUAUUAAACAACAAGGCAUUUCUAUUUUCUUCUUUAUAACUUUAAUAUUGGAAAUAUUAACAAUAACAAUAAAUAGGUAUUGCCCAAAAGGAAAAGUGCAAACGGGUCAGGAAAAGCCCAUGUGAGGCACCUCCCUUAAUAUAAACUUUACAAUUAUAUUUACAUAAUUAAAUACACUAUAAAUUAUAGUUGAGGUAAAGCUCGAUUUGCACAUAACACACAAACUAUUCAAGUGCAUUAUGAACUAUGUGGCAAGUGAUGCCACCAAAGGGGGUGACCACCAAGGGGGUUGAGGGGGGUGGCCCCCAAGGGGGGUGAGGGGGGUGGCCACCCCACCUCUCCACUAUUUUUCAAUUUCAGGGUGACUGUAUAGUUUAGAUUUGUUCAAAUCCAAUGAAAAAUUGGGGAGGGGCCUGGGGAUGGAAAAUUGUCAGCACACGGUGUUGCAUACUUUGUGUGCAUGACUACUCAUAGAAUCUAGAUACUAAACUUUGUUCUAAAUAUAUAUACAAAGUAUUCUGAAAUCACUAUUUGACACAGAUAAAAGGUGAUCUAUUAAGACCUUAAUUAAUUUACAUUUUUCUCCAUUUGUGCCUCCACAAAUUCAGGGACACAUAUCCAAUGUUUUUUUUGGGGGAUGUCCUCUGUUCAGGGAUCGAUUCUCCUCUAAUGUUUGGGAAUGGCCUUAAGUAUAUAUGAUGUAAAGCAUUACAAAAUCUCAUUUCAGGAGACUGGCUUUUGAGCCACACUACAAAAAAGAAAAGAUAUUUUUAUAUCCAAAUUUGUUUGGAAACCAACCAUGCAGCUGGGGCACCGGAAGCAAUGUGAAGCGGCGGGGGCAGCCAUUUCAAAAGGGCACUUUCUUCUCAAUCGUCAUUUUUCUGGGCGGCAAUAUUUGUUAAAAAUUUACUGUAGUAUGGACACUCUAUUACUUGUGGCUAUUAUGGGUUGGCAAACUUCGACAUUAAUUUUGAACAAUUUUAUUCGUUGCACCAUGCUAAUACAAAAUAAAAUCAGUAAACAGAUGUAUAUUGCAUGAUUUACUAGUGAUGGGCGAUACCAGGAUUUUUAAUUCGAUACUGAUACUUUUAAGAUCGGUAUCGGUCGAUACCGAUACCUAUUUCGAUACCAAAAUAAACACCAAAUUUCAAUUUUCGAUACCGGAAGUGAGUACUGAAAUUUCUAGUAUAUAGGCUACUUUCGAUACCUGCCGGUCAGCGGAAAAACAUUUUACUUUACUGUAUGUAACCUAAAUAAAGCUAUAAGUAUACCAAAAGCCAGAAAAGUAAUAAAUGUUUUCUAUACAUGACUUGGCGCACCACAUUUGGAAUAUUAAGAGCUAUUUUAGUGGUUCAUUAUGUCUUAUUCAACCAAGAAGUGAAAUAAAACAAGUCGUUUAAAAAAGGGUGCAAUUAGUAUUGAACGAUACCACGUCAGUAAUCGAUACCGAUACCGCUGUUUGUGGUAUCGCUGGUAUCGAAUACCGAGUACUCGGUAUCGCCCAUCACUAUGAUUUACUACAAUUGGCAAAUUAAGCAAAGCUUGCUUAAACAUUGCUUAAAAAUAAUUAUAAAUUCCAAUUCCGGUGAAUAACGCACAAAUUUCAAAGUGCAGUUCAGGUAAAAAUGGCAACCUGUUGCCCCUGUGCUGGGCAACAGGGGCAGUUGCCCUCGCUGCCCCUGUGGCUCUGGUGCCACUGAAACCAACCAAAUGCCUUGGACCAAGAUUUCCUGUAUUUUCUGAUAGGUAUUCUUGGGUAAAUAUAAACAUCCAAAUUCGACCACUAUAGUUUCUCACUAUUCCUUCAUUCAAUGGUGGUGCUAAUAAAAGUGGUUGGAGGAGGGUAUUAUAUACGGAACGCUGAAGACGGAAGUGAGCUCCGGGAUCACCAGUUUACAGGCUGAAAUCUAGAGUCUCUGAAAUGCGAUAUCCAGCAAUUUGGGGUAAGAUUAUACAGUAUUCUGGAGAAUGUAAAGUACAUGAAACACAUGAUUUUCAUGACAUAUUAAAUAUGCAGGUAUUAAUUAAAGCAACUAUACAUUAAUUAAAAAUAAAAACUUCGCCUUUGUUUUCAUUGCAAAUCGGGCAAAAGCCAAGCUUGUUCUUCACUGGAAGGUCAUUUAAUUUCAUUCUUUAUCUAGAUGUAAAUGCCGGGGGUGUCACACACCCCUACAGGGACAGAACAGGGGGGCCGGGGGACCCCCACUUUUUCAGUAGAUAAUAAAAAAAUACCGGAUACAAUCCAGCCUGCCUGCAUGGAAUAGCUUCCGUGCUAUCCUGGACCCCCACAUUUAAACAGGCUCUGUGGUCCCUGCCCAGUGUAUACACAGAGCUGUCAAGUCUCACAGAUUACCUGUGAGCCUCCAGGUUUUUGGGGCUGCCUCCAGACCCCCACAUGCAUGACCCCAUUGUAUGGGGGCAUAAUUAGUAAUAAUUAAUCAUAGUUAAUUGGUCCUAAUUGGAUCAUAAUUAAGCAUAAGUCUAAUUCAUUUCCUCGAUUUAUGAUCGUAUAUAAAUGACAACGUUACGCAAUAGUUCCAAUAUCCAAAUGACAUGACAAUCGUUACGCAAUAGCACAGAAUAGGAACAUAAGCAAUAGUUCCAAUAUCCGAAUUGAAUGUUCAAAAGUCAUAUUAAGAGCCUACCUCCCACGUUGACAGGGGGAAGUUCUACUUCCACAAGUUGUAAGUCUGUGAGUUUCGGCAUCCCUUCAAACUUGUGAGCGUAAAUAUAUUUCUUGCCUUUCAUAUUGUGAUUCAGAUAUCGUCUGG